AUGGAGCAUGCAAGGACAACGGAAACAGCCUCAAUUGCAGCCACCAAAGCUAAUGAAUCUGGACACAAAUAUUUGAAGAUAUUCACUGAUUCACGAUUCUUGAUCGACAGUAUGACCAAGAGGUUACCACGGUGGAAGGAAAGCGACUGGAGAACAUCAGCUAACAAACCAGUACUAAAUCGAGUCGAAUUCGAAAAAUUGGAAGAAGCAUUGUCACCUCUCGAUGUUGUUUUUGAACAUGUCCCUAGUCAUCAAGAGAUCGAAGGAAAUGAAGAGGCAGACAAAUUAGCUGUGAAGCAAUCGAAAAUCAACAAAGAAUACCUCUGGAAACAGAAACCCAGGAUUAUGACCAAAAUAUUUCUUUUGAAGUCAUAG